CAAACACAUUUUAUUUUGUUUUUGAAAGUUGUUUAUCAAAAGCUGUGUUUCUACUAUUUUUACAUAAUAAAUAUAUGAAUUUUAUGAAACAUGAGAUUUUUAAUACCUCGUUCUGAUCAAUUAUUAACUGUUAUCAAAUAUUUAGGAAGACGACUGGCAUCAACGGAUCCUCGCAGCAAAUCCAGUUUUAUUCGAGAUAAAACUCAUGUUAAUGUUUGUUGUUUGGGUCAUACUGGACAUGGAAAGACAACUUUAUCUUCAGCAAUAACUUUAGUGCAAUCGAAAUUGAAGCGUUCAGUUUAUAAGCCGAUCGACCAAAUCGAUAAAUCACCAGAUGAGAAAGCUAGAGGUCAAUCGAUAGUUCCAUGUAAAAUUGAAUUUACAAGUGCAUCUAAACACUAUGUUCUAACUGAUUUACCUGGAGCAAAAGACCUUAUUAAAAAUACAAUAUUUGGAGCUUGUGGAUCUGACGUAGCUAUUAUCGUUGUCAACUGCCAAGAAGGUCCAUCAGAACAAACUCGUAAACAUUUAGCUAUUGCUCGUCAUCAUGGUGUUGAACAUUUUGUUGGUUUCAUCAAUCAGUUUGGUGAAGCUGACAUGGAAAAUGUUGAAUUAUGUGAACUUGCAACUCGAGAAAUGUUAGUUGAAGAAGGAUUAGAUGGUGAUGCGAUUCAUUUUAUUCAUGGAUCGGCUGUUAAGGCACUCAAAGAGGAUACAAAUGAACUUGAAUCAAUAGAAAAACUUAUUACAAUUUUAGACACUCUUCCUAGUCCUGAUCGUAAUCUAGAUUGUUCAGGUUUGCUUUACAUUGAUAAAAUUUACAGUCCACCUGGUCGUGGAACUGGAGUAACAGGAACUGUUAAACAAGGAAAAUUAACAAAAGGUCAAAUCAUCGACUGUCUUGGAUUUGAUCGUCACAUUAAGACAAAAAUUAAUUACAUCGAGUGCUUCAAUAAAGUGUUAGAUGAAACUAUUGAAGGUGAUUCUGUUGAAAUAGUACUACAGGGAGUAAAAAGAGAUGACAUAACUAGAGGUAUGGCUGUGUGUCCAUCAGGCGAAUUCAGCCAGUGUAAUAAUCUUGAAGUUCUCUGGCAAUUCUUCAACUCAUCUCAUCGUUCAGAUGCUCUUCGUGGAAAGUUUGUUACCACCAAUAUGUUAAAUUUUCAUUUUGAAACUGGAGACGUCGUCGGACAAAUCAUUCUAUCGCCUGGAAAAGAUUACAUUACAUCUGGUCAAAGUGAUCUGUCGCAAGUAAAAUUAUCUCGCUCCUGCGUUUUAUCUGAAGGCCAAUCAUUGCUCUUACGUGACGGAAAUGAAAUAGUAGGGUUAGGAAAAAUUAAUCGACUACUAGACAAUAUCAAUAAAGAGGAACAAAAAAAGAUUUUAAAAGGUCGGAACAGAAUAGAGAGAGAACAAUUCAAAUCACUUCUCGACAAAAUUGAAAGUGAAAAUGAGCAUUAGACCAAAAAACUAGUACUUAAUUCAAUUUAAAUUGUAAAUUUUGAUAAAAAAAUGUUGUUACAAAUGGAUGAAAUCCUAUCAUCGAACUUCUCUUUGAAACUGUGUAAAUUAUCUUCCAUUAAAAUUGACGAUAAUCCCAAAGUAUUAAUAAAUGUAUUAAAUAUAUGCCCAUCUUACAA